ACGCAAUGUCAUUUGAUGACAUUCAGUACAUUCAGUCAACUCAGGUAAUUUACGUGAAUAAGUAAAUUUUUCGGGAGUAUUUUUUCAGAAAAAGUCAUGAUUAAAUGAAGCGAAUGAAGUAAAACCCAAUUUCGAGCUUCUAUAAAUAAUUCCUGUAAAAUGGCGAUAUUACUUUCUGUGUUGUCAGUCGUGAGUUCUAUUUUGUUGACUCCCUUGUUAAUGCUUCUAUUAUGCAUUAUAUUUUUGGCUUCAAUUGGAAAAUCUCUGGGAGUGAGAAGAUUGUAUGUGAAGCUGCUGCUUAUAAUAUUUGAGUACGGUCGCAUAGACAUUGAAACGGCCCGAAGUAACGAAAAAAUACUUGAUGAUCUCGAAGACCUCAGCAGCAAAGACGAACCGUCCACAAAAACGACAGAGAAGACUAUACCGAAUUCAAACGCAACAUCAAACGGGGUUGUCCUGAAUGGAGAUGUCAUAAGAAGAGAUGAUACGCUUAUAUUGGUGCCAGAACCUGCAACCGGCCUACCAAAAGCGCAGGAUUCAGACGAAGAGGACAAAAACAAAUACGAUUUUCAUCUCAGCGAAGCUUUUGAUUACAUAAAAGUAGGCGUGGAGGCCAUCAUCGAGGAUCAGGUCACGUCAAGGUUCGAAGCGGAAGAGUUGAAAAAUUGGAAUCUGUUGAUUAGGACCAAUAGAGGCUACGAGUUUAUAUCGUGGAAGCUGACCGUUAUUUGGCUGUGCGGGUUUUUUAUUAGAUAUUUUUUCUUAUUCCCGCUAAGGGUAAUGAUCUGCUUUUUUGGGCUCUUAUGGUUGGUCUUAACAACAGGAUUAAUAUCGUUUUUACCUGAAAGUACAUUUAAAAUAUGCCUGGUAGAGAAGUGUUACGUUAUAUCCUUUAGGAUAUUAACUAGAAGCGUUUCUGCCAUUAUCAACAUACACAAUAAACAGUGGCGGCCGCAAAAGGCUUCAGUUUGCGUGGCAAACCACACCACGCCAAUUGACGUGGUAUUUUUAUCAAACGAUAACGCAUACUCUUUGAUUGGACAACGUCAUGGAGGUUUCCUGGGCAUUCUUCAAAGAGCCCUAGCCAGGGCCUCUCCCCAUAUUUGGUUCGAACGGUCUGAGGUCCGUGACAGGCAUGCUGUCGCUAAUAGGUUGAAAGAACACGUAUCAGACCCCAAAAACCCUCCGAUUCUAAUCUUUCCUGAAGGAACCUGCAUCAACAACACGUCAGUUAUGCAAUUUAAAAAAGGCAGUUUUGAAGUAGGCAGCGUGAUUUAUCCAGUGGCCAUCAAAUACGAUCCUAGAUUCGGCGACGCUUUUUGGAACAGCAGCAAGUACUCGAUGAUGCAGUAUCUGUACAUGAUGAUGACCAGCUGGGCAAUCGUGUGCGAUGUGUGGUACUUGCCACCCAUGCAUCAGGAUAAAGAUGAAUCGGCGAUUGAUUUUGCCAACAGAGUUAAGAGUGUCAUUGCUAAGCAAGGAGGCCUGGUUGAUUUAGUUUGGGAUGGCCAACUUAAAAGAAGUAAACCGAAGAAAGAAUGGAGGGAAAGGCAACAAGAAGAAUUCACAAAACGACUAAAGAUUGAAUAGACUUACAAGUUAGACAUCCAGUAUAAUUGUUGUUUUUUACUAUUAAUUUGAUCAAUGUUAAAUAAUUUUUAUUUUCUUCAAGCAUUUAAUAUUAAAGACUAUCUAGUCCCAUAGUACAUAAUAGAUAAUUUCUUUUGCUGAGAUUAAUUGUAUAAUAUUUUUAGAAAUUUAUCAUCAUUUAUGUGUAGUUUUAACCUAAGCCAUAAGUGAUAUGUUAUUUAUAUAAAUCAUUUAAUUUUACCAGUACCUAACCUACCUACAAUAUACUUUAAAAUUUAAACAUAUAUUUUGCAGGUGCCCCCUGCAAAAUUAAUGAACAAAUAGCCAACUUUUUGCAGAAAGGAAUUGAAUACACUAAGAUAUAACAAACUUAAAACAUUUAUUUUAGUAUUUGGAUGUUUGUUUUUUUUUCUGGAGAAAGUUGUUUAUUUAUUAGUUAAUUUUGUAGAUAUCACUUCUGUGCUUGGCAUAUCAGUGUUGUGAUAUAAUUUAAACCAUAGACAAUACUUUUUUAUUUGCCCUGUUAAGUGUAUAAUUUUUACUGUAUUAUAAAUAUAUACUUAUUUAUACACGGAGAAAUUUUUUAAACCAAAA